CUAUACGUAUACAUCAACCAACGAACCUACCCAACCCCCAUUCAAUUGAAUUCUGUACAGUGAGUUUUCAUUUCUCCCAUACCCAUUUGUCAUUUUCUUCAUCUCGCUCUCAAAUGGGUCCAAUUAGGGCUAAAUAGUUGAAUAUUUCAUAGACCCUUUUAUCUUUCUGAAUCUCAAAUCACGAGUACCCCCCCAGGUUGACUGAGUGAUGGAGAAUAGAAUACCACCUGGAAGUUACUUCCAGUACUCUCCUACUGGUCUUCAUGCUUCACUUCAGACUGCUUCUUCUCCUUCAGAUCGUGAAAGAUAUUUGGCAGAAUUGCUUGCAGAGAGACAAAAGUUAGCACCCUUUAUGCAAGUCAUGCCAAUAUGCAGCAGGCUCCUAAAUCAAGAGAUCAUGAAGACCUCUGGACUUGUAUCGAACCAUAAUUUUGUUGACCACGAGAGAAUGUUGCGUGAUAGAUCAUAUCGAUCAUUCGGUCAAAAACCAAAUGGAGGUCCAAUGGAUGUGGAGGCAUGGCCCACGAUGCAAUCAGAGGAUAACCGAUUUCUACAAAGAAUGGCUUCUUUUCCGGCUUCUGCUAGGGGUUGGCCCGCAUCACCAGGCAUGGCGACCCCUACGGUUAUAAAAAAAGUUAUUAGACUUGAUGUUCCGGUAGAGAAAUUUCCAAAUUAUAACUUUGUUGGCCGAAUUCUGGGCCCACGUGGAAAUUCGCUAAAAAGGAUAGAAGCCAUGACAGAGUGUAGAAUAUACAUCAGAGGUCGAGGCUCGGUGAAGGAUUCUGUUAAGGAAGAGAAGUUGAAAGAUAAACCGGGAUAUGAGCACCUCAACGACCCUCUACACCUGUUGCUUGAAGCCGAAUUUCCCGAAGACAUAAUCGACUCACGCUUGGAUCACGCGGUUGCACUACUAGAAAACCUCCUAAAGCCAGUGGAUGAGUCAAUGGACACUUACAAGAAGCAUCAACUAAGAGAAUUGGCUAUGUUAAAUGGUACACUAAGAGAGGAAAGUCCUAGCAUGAGCCCAAGUAUGAGCCCGAGUAUGUCUCCCUUCAACAGCAAUGGGAUGAAACGGGCCAAAACAGGAACAUGACGGGCCACCAUGGCCCAAACACUGGGUUGCGUCAAUUUGAUCGUGUGAACCGCACACGGGUUUUACCACCGACUAUAUCCACAAGACGAGACUGGAAAUCUUUGAAUGCUCAAGAGACGACGGUCUGCUUUUGUGGCAUAUUGUGACAGCUUCGGGCUAAUUCCGGCCCGUGACUUAGGUUUGAAAGACUUGAUAUUUACUUGUAGUUAUCUAUUUUUUUUCUUGUGAGUUUGAUUAUUAAUGUUUUUAGCUCAUUUUGAUUUCUGAAAUAAGCAUCAAUAAUAGUAUUGCAGUAGUCUAGUUAUUGAUUGUAAUCAAAGACUAAUAAGAGGCAAAUAGAACUAUGUAUAAUAGUUUGAAUAA